AUGUGCAGUUUGGCAUCUACCGCAUGGCUCGAGGGUUUGCCAGUAAAGGAUAGGCCGUCUCUUCUUGCUUUAGCAAGAUGUCUGGAACAGGCUGAACGCUACGAUGACAUGGCUGUUGUCAUGAAGGCCGUCGCUGAACGCGAUCCCGAAUUGAGCAACGAGGAGCGCAACUUGCUGUCUGUCGCUUAUAAGAAUGUCGUUGGUUCCCGGCGCAACUCAUACCGCCUUCUGUCCAGCAAAAUCGGUCGCACUCAAGACUCAGAUAAAUUACAACUGACAAAAGAGUACCUUGAUGAUCUGCAGAAGGAGUUGAAUUCGAUCUGCGACGAUGUUUUGGUUUGUCAUCCAAUUUUGCUAAUAUCAAGUAGUCUCUCAUCAAAGAUAAACUGUUACCGGCCUGCACAAAUCCCGAAGGGAAAGUUUUUUACCACAAGAUGAUGGGUGACUACUUCCGUUAUAAGGCUGAGAAUGCCAAAGGAACGGACCAAAAGGACGUCGUUGAUUCUUCGCUAGCAGCCUAUGAGGAGGCGACACAGAUAGCGAAUACGAAUCUUGAGCCGACUCAUCCUAUUCGUCUGGGUCUGGCCCUUAACUACUCGGUGUUCUAUUACGAAAUCAAGAACGAUCCCGAGAAGGCCUGCCAUCUAGCCAAGACGGCCUUUGAUGAUGCUAUCAGCGAAUCAGGCAGUCAGUGCGAUGAGACUUAUAAGGACAGCACCCUCAUAAUGCAGCUCCUUCGAGACAAUCUUGCGGUAAGACCCCAUUGGGUUCUUGCUUAUUUUGUUUAGCUUUGGACUUCUGACCCGGAUGAUGGAGAGAACAAUGAAGUUGAAGAAAAAUAA